CUGAAGCUCAGUGUGGCGCUCCGGGUCUCCCGAGUGCAGCGAUCCGGGAGACAUGAGCCGUGCAGCGGGGGAGCUCGUCUCUUCGCUUCUGGGGCUGUGGCUGCUGCUGUGCAGCUGGGUGUGUCCCGGGAGCACCGAGCCGCAGGCCCCGCCGGACAAGAUCGCCAUCAUUGGAGCUGGAAUUGGUGGCACUUCAGCAGCCUACUACCUGCGGCAGAAAUUUGGGAAGGAUGUGAAGAUUGACCUGUUUGAAAGAGGAGAGGUGGGGGGCCGCCUGGCCACCAUUACUUUACAGGGGCAGGAAUAUGAAGCAGGAGGUUCUAUCAUCCACCCUUUAAAUCUGCACAUGAAGCGUUUUGUCAAGGACCUGGGUCUCUCUACUAUUCAGAGUUCUGGUGGCCUAAUAGGGGUCUCUAACGGAGAUACUCUGGUGUUUGAGGAGAGCAGCUGGUUUAUAAUUAACAUAAUUAAACUAAUUUGGCAGUAUGGAUUUCAGCCCCUGCGAAUGCACAUGUGGGUAGAGGAUAUAUUAGACAAGUUUAUGAGGAUCUACCGCUACCAGUCUCAUGACUAUGCCUUCAGUAGUGUAGAAAACUUACUACAUUCUCUAGGAGGGGACGACUUCGUUGGAAUGCUUAACCGGACAUUGCUUGAAACCUUACACAAAGCAGGUUUCUCUGAGAAGUUCCUUGAUGAAAUGAUUGCUCCCAUCAAUAGGCUCAAUUACGGCCAAAGCAUGGACAUCAAUGGCUUUGUAGGGGCAGUGUCACUAGCUGGUGCUGAUUCUGGCCUUUGGGCAGUAGAAGGUGGCAAUAAACUUGUUUGUUCAAGGCUCCUUCAGGCUUCCAAAAGCAACCUUAUAUCUGGCUCAGUAAUGUACAUAGAGAAAACAAGAACCAAGCAGACAGGAAACCCCACAAAAAUGUAUGAAGUGGUCUACCAAACUGGAUCUGAGACCCGUUCAGACUUUUAUGACAUCGUCUUGGUGGCCACUCCAUUGAAUCGAAAAAUGUCCAAUAUAACUUUUCUCAACUUUGAUCCUCCAAUUGAGGAAUUCCAUCAACACUACCAACAAAUAGUGACAACUUUUAUUAAGGGGAAGUUGAAUUCAUCUUCUUUUAGCUCCAGAGCUUUAGGUGAACUUGGUCUCAGUACAAUCUUAACCACUGAUAAUUCACAUUUGUUUAUCAAUAGCAUUGGAAUUGUGUCCUCUGUAAGAGAAAAUAAUAAUCCUCAACCAUCAACAGAUGGAGCUUUUGUUUGGAAGACCUUUUCCCGGGAAACUCUUACUAACGAGCAACUUUUAAAGCUCUUUUUGUCCUAUGAAUAUGCUGUGAAGCAGCAGUGGCAUGCAUAUCCUUACUAUAAGCCUCCAGAGAAAUGCCCCUCCAUCAUACUCCAUGAUCGACUUUAUUACCUCAACGGCAUGGAGUGUGCAGCAAGUGCCAUGGAAAUGAGUGCCAUUGCAGCCCACAAUGCCGCUCUCCUUGCCUAUCAUCGCUGGAACGGGCACACAGAUAUGAUUGAUCAAGAGGAUUUGUAUGAGAAACUGAAAACUGAACUAUGAGAUAACACUUUCAUUUUCCCCCUCCUGGUUCCACAUGGAAUAUCACUGGCAAAAAAGAACACAAUCUGAGCAGAGAUGAUUUUGAAUCAGAUAUUUUGCCAUUAUCAUUGUUUUAACAAGCGUAAUCCCAGUGAGUCAUGGGAAAAUACAAAGGUCUAAGUGUGAAGGUGUAACUAUUUUAUGUAUGCCAUCUCCAAAAUGUGUGUGUAAUUUUCAGAGUAUAUUUAUUAAAGCUGGGGACUGUGAAACAAAGGACUUAGGGUAGAAGAAGCAAAAGGAGAGAGCCUCGGUGGUACUCUGCUUUGGUUCCGUAGAAACGUUAUAGAAGUGAGCCAAGGCAGAGCUGCUAUUAGCUCACUGAAAAGUCAGAAAAAAGGGGCCUUGGAGACGGGUUCAGGAUGUUAGUCCUGGAUGAACUGCUGUUGCCCAUUGCUUCCCCGGUUGCAAGUCUUGUGGGGACCCUUAGAGUUUAGGAGAGAAUAGUAAAGAUGCAUGCCUGAGAGUUUAGGAGAGAAAAGUAAAGAUGCACACAUGGGCGUGCUCCAGAGAGAGCCUGCUCCAAAAUUUUGUAACUCUUCUUUUAAGGUCCAUCAACAGUGUUUUCCAAACUUGUCUGAUCAUAAGAAUCAUCUGGAAUUUGUCAAACAUAUGGAAUUCCCUAGUUCCUCUGGAGAGUCUGAUUCCAUAGGUCUAGAGGUGAGGCCUUGGAUUUUGAACAAAACUUUAGAGCAUUUUAAGCUGAACACUUGAGGAAGAACUUAAAGACAUACCUUUUAGUUGGGGACUAGUUCAUUUGUGCUUACAGCUGGUUGUGAUCUUAAGUUACAUAGUGAAAUCUGCUAUGGGAGCUGGUAUCUUAUGCCUGGCUUUAGUAAUUUAUACCAUUUUCAAAGUAAAUGUGCCCAUUACUUAAGCCUUGAUUUUUAGAAUGAUACUCUUUGAUUGCUUCUGCCUUUUUUUAGGAAUGAAAUUCAGAAGUCUGAGUAGUAUAACUUUAAGAUGUCAUACAAAAACUCCAGUAAAAUGAAAAGCAAAUAUAGGCUAUUGAUGUGAAGAAAUUGGCAUUCUAUUAUCAAAACCUCACCUAUGGAGCUUUUAUAUAAUUUUACUUUUUUUUCCUUUUAAUAUUUUUUAUUGAUAUCAGAGAGGAAGAGAGAGGGAGAGAAAAAUAGAAACAUCAAUGAUGAGAAAGAAUCAUUGAUUGGCUGCCUCCAGCAUGUUCCCUACUGGGGAUUGGACUCAACUGGGGCUUGUGCCCUGACCAGGAAUCAAAGCAGUGACCUUUUGGUGCAUGGACAACACUCAAUGAACUGAGCCAUACAGGCCAGGGCUCACCUAUGGAACUUUAAAAUAUACAGAUAGACCCCCCAACUCUCAAUUAGAGAUUCUAAUUUAAUAGAGGAUAGGACCUCACCAUUGUAGCUUUUGAAAGUUCCUAAUGUGCAACCUGUGUUGAGAAUCACUGAUUUGGGCAACUGAAAUGUCUCUAAAGGGUUUGUAGUGCCUUAAAAGUCACAAGAAAUUCAAUCCAUAAUCAAAGCAGAUUCAUUUUGUGAAGAAUGAAUUCUCAAUGAGAAAGCAUUGACAGUUUAACAGCAGAGGCAACCGAGAUUAUUCUAGAGCAAUUGACAUGAAGACAUUCAGAAUGACACUACACUUGAUCAAAUCCAGCAUAUGUUCCAACUUCUUAAGCUACUGCACCAUUUUGAGUGAGAAACUGGUUGCUGAAAUCUUAAAGAUGGUAGUCUCAACCUUGACUACACUUUGAAAUCACCUGUAGGACUUUAAAGCUUCCCAAGGGAUUCUAAUAUGCAGCCAAACUUGAGAACCAGUUCUACAACUACUGAACAGAUCAUGAAUGACUGUCCAUAGGGAUAGAACAAGUAAAAGCUUGUGAAUUCAGUCACUGCAAAAAGUUAACAUGUACUGUUAAAAAAUAUUAGUUUAUCAAAGGGUCAGCUUUUUUCUAAUUUUAUUUUUAAAAUAAGAAUGUUAUUUUCCCCCAUAUUGUUUUAAUGAAGACAAUAUGUAGAAUGUAUAUGCUGCACUGGUACAUACUAAUUUAUCAUCUGUAGACUUAUUUUGCAAUGUGAUAUAUUUUUACUUAUAAGAAUUUUUUCCAACAGGAAAUGUUGGAAAUUGCUUCCUCCAAGAGCAAAACAGGUCAUCUGUAUAUCAAGCAUAUUAGUUUUAAUACAGUUACAGCAUUAAAGAAUAAUUUUUUAAUUGGUUGAAAAAUAUCAGCUCAUUUACUCAUCUUUUUACAGAAGAGUCUGGUAAAAAUGAUGCAGAGGCAGGAUGAGAAAUAGUUCUGCAACUUGAAUAUGCAGUGGACUCACCUGAAUUUUUCAAUAGGUUUGGAGUGGCAUAUAAAAAUUUGCAUUUCUAAGUUACAAGGUGAUGUUGCUGGUCUAGGAACCACACAGAGAGAAUCCAUUCUACAAUUCAGCUCUAUGUGGUUGUAAAACAUCAAACCUAUCAACUUCAGUGAAGAUUUAAAAUGUAUUGGAAUAAAAAUGGAAAAAAUUGUAAAAUGUUGGACAUCACACCAACUCUCAAGUUGGUUUGAUCCCUCUAGCUGUUCUUUGGCAAUCCACAUUUCCUAUAAGUAGGAAUACCAUUUUAGAGAUACAUAUAAGCCAUCCACUGUGUUGUUUUCCAAAUACCUUAUGUACCCCAUUCUCUACAGUUUCAAAGGGACUCAAGAUUUGUAG